UUUGUAAACACACCAUCCUUCUCCUUCAAUAACACAUCUUUUCUUCUUAUCAGUAUUAUCUUCUUCGUACGGAAAUACAAAUGGCAAACAUCGAGAAACUCCAGUUCCCGGCCCUGAAAAUAACUGGCGAAAAUUACGUCGGGUGGGUCACAAACGUGAAACCAUAUCUGGUGAUGAAAAAGAUAACCGAAACAAUUGUAAUCGGUAACAAAUCACCACCCGAGCAUAUAGCCGAAGCGAUAAUCUUCCUGAAGAAGCAUUUAGAUGAAAAUCUAACGCACGACUAUGCAAACGUCGAGGACCCAGCUGAACUGUGGCAAACUUUAAAAGAAAGGUUCGAUAACCAGAGACAAAUCAACCUCCCUCACGCUCUAGAAGAGUGGAAAAAUCUGAGGUUCCAAGAUUUUCAAAAGGUUGAGGAUUACAAUUCCGCUGUCCUGAGGAUAGUUGCACUCCUGAAGUAUUGUGGUAAUCCUGUCUCUGAGGCAGAAAUGAUGAAUAAAACAUAUAUCACUUUCCACAAACAGCUUCACUUCUUGCCCGAAAUUUACAGAAAAUGCGGGUACACGAGAUUUUCUGAACUGAUGGUUGCGCUCAUGUUAGCUGAAAAGAACAAUGAGCUCUUGAUCAAAAACCACAAUUCCCGACCUACGGGAGCCAAAGCAUUCCCUGAAGUGAAUGCUACGGCGAUAGAAAAUUCGGAAAGGAGAAACCAGGCCAAUCGAGGUCAUGGCCGCCGUUUCAACAACAAACGUGGAAAAACUUACAAUCCCAAAUGGAGGGGAUCUAACAAGUGGGUUAGACCCGGGCAAGUUUCCAAGGGUAAAGAAACUCAAGAGGAUACCACCCAGAAGCGUGAGACAGUGUGUUACAGAUGUGGUUGUAAAGGACAUUGGUCCCGUACCUGUCGUACUCCUUCACAUCUCUGUAAGUUAUAUCAAGAGUCCACGAAAGGCAAAGCUAAAGAAGUGAACCUCACUGAAAACUUUGAAGGGACAUCAUACCUCGAUGCCUCCGACUUCGCUAAUGAGCUGGACUAGAUUACUCCUGAAGAGAGCCGAAAUGCUUAUAAUAAGACUAUUGAAUAGUUUUCAAUAUUGUCAUGUAUAAUUAUUACAUUUCCUGUUAAACAAAUAAUGAUGUUUUUAACGUCACCUUAAUGUAUAAUUAUUGUGUUUUUCCUUAUAUGAAUGAAUUUUAUGUUUCCUUUUAUAUUUAUGACAAUUUCAGAAAUGGAUCAGAAUGCUAAUGGA